CAUGUACUUCGAGAUUACGAUUACCACAAACGCAGCAUUAUUAGUAGCUCACAGCCGGUGCCGCAUUGUAUUCGUCGGAAAGCCAACCAUCGCAUAAUUUCAGGAACAAUGAAUGUGCAACAUGAAAUAGACUUGCUGGUGCAGGAGAUUGAGAGACUUGGCAGCAAAAAUGCAGAAGGUCAAACAUGCGUUAAGUUUGGAGUGCUGUUUCAAGACGACCGCUGUGCCAACAUCUUUGAGGCGUUGGUGGGCACCCUGAGGGCCGCCAAGAAGAGGAAGGUCGUCACCUUCCAGAACGAGUUGCUUCUUCAGGGUGUCCAUGACAAUGUCGACAUCAUUCUCCUGUAAGAGGAAGUCUGCAGUUGCCAGCAGGUGGCGUGGCGCUUCUGUCUGGAUAGGUGCCUCAGACAACAAGAUUAGAAACAGCUGGAGCUCAACUUCAGAUGGCAUUUUUUUUUUAUUUAAAAUUAAUUUCAAUCCAGUGCCAAACAAAACAAGUUUGUAUUUGAGAAGAAGUUUAAGGGCUAUAUUUGACAUCCACCAACGACACAGCCCUCAAACAAAACCGUCUGAAAUUAACUUCAAGGGGACCUAUUAUGCUCAUUUUUCGACCUCUUGUGGUUUCCUAUAGAUGCCCGCUCCACUGUGAUUGGUCACAUGCUCAAAGUGCUUCCGAACUAUUAAUUAUAUAAGGAAGUAUGCCACUCUGUGACAUCACAAAGGAACAGUUUUACCACGCCUUUUGAAACUGAGCGUUUUGAGCCAUCCCAAACUUUUUUUCUGAAACUUUGGCAUGGUUUAACACCAUAAUACAACAUUCUAAUUACAUUUAUAGGUCAGAAAAGCAUAAUAGGUCCCCUUUAAACCUUUGAUCAUGUUGAAUUUCAACAAUAUAGUGAAAAACAACUACGGUGCUAAGAGCUAUUGUGACUUAUUUAGCAUGGGGUGCUAACUCAUAAGUCAUACAAACUUUUUCACUUCUGAAAGUUCAGCAAAAUUUCCUCACCCAAUCAUUUAUUCUACUUUUUUUUUAAAGAGGUGUACACAAAGUUAGAGCUGGAUUUAUGCUACUAAGCAUAUUAUUAACUAACUACUUUAUAUGAGUCCGCUGUACUGCCUCUUAACUUUUCUAUCAGGACGUUGAGCAACUUUUUGCAUUCUUUUUUUAUCCCAUCUUUUUAUACACAUGUUUUUUUUUUCUUGCCAAGCAAAACUCCAAAACCUGUCUUUGUAAUACCUUAGGACAAACUUUAUAAUGGACAUAGUUUUUAGAGUGCAUUUUUCUGGUAAAGUGAGGGUAUAAUUCGAAAGGGGAGUGGUGCCAAAUGUUUGUACUUCUUCUCAGGACCAAAUCAACCAAAUACGCUUGACAAAUGAAUGAUCAAUUGGUUCAUUUACUGCUGUUUAUUUUGUACUGUAUGUUUAACGAUACUUCCAGAUCAGGCACGAUUGCUUUACUUUGAUACCCCAUUAUGAAAACAUGGUCGGAAAGACCAAAUCAUUGGGGAUGCCCUGCCUGUAAGUUGGGUAAGACGCAUGCACAUCACUGCUGUCACGUCAGCACAGGCGGAUCUUAUUUUUUUUGCAUGAAACAACAUGCCUUUUGGUUUUUCUUCAAACAGCAUCCGCCCAACAGUUGUCGUACUUGUGCAAUUUGAACUGUUAAACUGUAUUUUGAAUGGGCUGUAUUGUAAUAACAAGUGUGGAUGAUCGGAGAUGUCCGUUAUCGCUUGAUAAUUCAUGUUUGUUAGUGGAAAACAAAGAAUGAUUGAGAAGGAUUCUGCUUGAUCUGGCUGCUGACACCAUCUUUUGGACACGCUUGUGUUUUGCUCCUUUCUUAAAAGAAAUGACACGUGGAUAUUUUAUCAAGAACAGGAGAACCUUUUUGACAGAACAGCACCAAUACCUCACGCUGUUUACACUUCUGUGCCAUGUCUGUGAACUGGUGCACAAUUAACUCCUGCAUUUGGUUUGUGUUAUGACUGUUUUUUAUAUUGGCAAUAACACAUGUCUACAGUCCAAUAAAUACAAUCUUCACUCUUGA